AUGUCGCGCUUUGAGACUCUCUGCUUGCACGCUGGCCAAGACGUCGACCCGGCGACGAACUCGCGCGCGGUCCCUAUCUACGCUACCUCAUCGUAUGUCUUCAAUGAUGCAGCCCAUGCCGCCCGUUUGUUCGGGCUCAAGGAGUUUGGUAACAUCUACUCCCGUAUCAUGAACCCUACUGUCGAUGUCUUCGAGAAGAGGAUCGCAGCUCUCGAGGGUGGUGUCGCCGCCGUCGCCGCCUCCUCGGGACAAUCCGCUCAAUUCAUGGCCAUCGCCGCCCUCUGCCAUACCGGCGAUAACAUUGUCUCCACCUCCUACAUGUACGGCGGAACCUACAACCAGUUCAAGGUCUUCCUCCCCCGCCUCGGCAUAACCACAAAGUUCGUCCAGGGUGACAAGGCCGAGGACUUUGCCGCGGCCAUUGACGACAACACAAAGAUGAUCUACAUCGAGUCAAUUGGAAACCCAAAGUACAACAUCCCCGAUUUUGAGGCCAUCGCAAAGGUUGCCCACGACCACGGUAUUCCGUUGGUGGUUGACAACACCUUUGGUGCUGGUGGUUUCCUUGUUAGGCCUAUCGAGCAUGGUGCCGACAUUGUCGUCAAUUCUGCUACAAAAUGGAUCGGUGGACACGGUACCACCAUCGCCGGUGUCGUCGUCGACUCUGGAAAGUUCGACUGGGGAAAGAACGCCAAGAGAUUCCCUCAGUUCGUCGAGCCCUCCGAGGGAUACCACGGCCUCAAGUUUUGGGAGACUUUCGGGCCCAUUUCUUUUGCUAUCCGCGUUCGUGUUGAGGUUCUCCGUGAUUUGGGAUCUUGCCUCAACCCGUUCGGUGCGUUCCAGCUCAUCCAGGGUCUUGAGACUUUGUCUUUGAGGGUUGAGCGCCAUGUCAGCAACGCAUUGAGCCUUGCUAGGUGGUUGGAGAAGCAUGAUAAGGUUUCAUGGGUCUCUUACCCCGGGCUUGAGAGCCACCCCAGCCACGAGCUGGCCAAGAAGUACCUCAAGAGAGGUUUCGGUGGUGUCCUGUCCUUUGGUGCCAAGGGCGGUGAGAAGGCUGGUAUCACUAUCGUCAACAACUUGAAGCUCGCCUCUCUCCUCGCCAACGUUGGUGAUGCCAAGACCCUCGUCAUUCACCCCGCGUCAACAACCCACGAGCAGCUCACCAAAGAGGAGCAGGUCUCCUCGGGAGUGUCAGAGGACCUGAUCCGUGUCUCUGUUGGAAUUGAGCACAUUGAUGACAUCAUUGAGGAUUUCGUCCAGGCAUUCGCAAAGGUUGACGCCAACAGCAGCAAUGAGGGCAAUAAGACUGUCACUGUUAACGCUGGCAAGGCUCCGGCCACUGAGGUUUAA